AUGCCAGAAACAAAGUUCAACGUUGGAAUGACUUGCGAGGGAUGCGCCAAUGCCGUCAAGAGGAUAUUGGGCAAGGUUGAAGGCGUGUCGAGUGUCGAGACGGAUGUGGCUGCCAAGACUGUCGUCGUCCAAGCAGACGAAAGUGUUACUCCCGCAUCCAUGCUGGAAAAACUGGAAAAGUGGGGAUCCGCCAGUGGAAAGAGCGUUGCCUUGGCAUAA